UUGAUGUUAGUUAUUGAACGGUUAGCGUUGUUUGGAGCGGGAUAUUAAGAAACAAACGGAAAAUAUAAAGUGACGGAAGAAUUUAGUUUGAGAACAAAUUUCUAUUCGGGUUUGUGACACUAGAUAAAUAAAAUGCUACUGAAGAGCUUUACUGUUCCUCUUCUUCUAAUCCCGAUAAUAUCCUACCAUGAAGUCCAUGCACAAAGAACAGCUCUGGAUACCGCCUUUGGUCCACUGAUAAGGCUAUUACGUUUGAAUUUUCUAAAUGCAAUGGGUAGAUCGGGGAGAAUGGCGAGCAAUAUGGAUUUACUUCGGAGGAAAGAGAACACAGUUAUCGGAUAAAUUAUCUAAAAAUGCCACGGAAUUUUGUGACCUUAAUGGUCCGGGGAAACGUAGCUUGGAGCCACCGACAUCAGUGCAUCGUUUAAGGCCUGGUGAUAUUGAUAUUGUUGCUGCCAUGGGAGAUUCGUUGACAGCUGGCAAUGGUAUAUUGGGUACAAAUCUACUACAUUUGGCACAUGAAAAUCGUGGUGCAUCCUGGUCUAUUGGGGGUCAGGGUACCUGGCGUGAGUACAUGACAUUUCCCAAUUUGCUGAAGGAGUACAACCCCAAGGUUUAUGGUUAUUCCCUUGGAGAUGCCACGACUACGGAGAGGGCUUCAAGAUUCAAUGUUGCCGAAUUGGGCGCCAUGUCACGAGACAUGCCCUACAUGGCAAAGGUAUUGGUCAAACGACUGCUGCAUGAUCCCAAUGUAAAUAUGACCCAUCACUGGAAGGUGAUUACCUUGAUGGUGGGAAAUAAUGAUUAUUGUUCGGAGGUGUGCUUCUUACCCGAUCCCAUGAAAGCCAUCGAUGACCAUGAGAGAAAUAUGUUGAAAACUUAUCGUUAUUUGCGUGAUAAUGUACCACGUUUAAUGUUGAAUGUCUCGCCGGCACCAAAUCUCUUGCUGUUGACCAAACAAAAGGAGAUACCUCUACAAUGUAGGCUAAUGUUGGCAUUUGAGUGUCCCUGUAUUUUCGGUAAAUCUCCAAAAUAUCAAAAAUUUCUGGGUAAAUUUAUGGAUAAAUGGGCCCAGCGAGACAUUGAAAUAGCCAAGCGGGAGGAAUUCAAUACUGAGACCUUUACCAUUAAUAUAGAACACUAUACAAAUCAAUAUACACUGCCCACCUUACCGAACGGUAAUGCCGAUACCACAUAUACUUCUGAAGAUUGCUUUCACAUAAGUCAAAAAGCCCAGGCGGCAAGUGCCCAUUCUUAUUGGAAUAAUCUCUUUGAAAUGCCCAAUGAAAAGCGUUCCUUUAAAAAGGAUAUCUACGAGAAUUUUCUGUGUCCCACCGAAGAGCAUCCUUAUAUUAUAACUAGAGUUAAUAGCAGUCCGGAUUUUAAGGUUUAAUGUAAGAGAAUUAUCAAAUAGAAAAACUGUGAUAUAAAUUCGUGUUGUGAGAGUAAACAUAAGAGAGAAUAAA